AUGAGCAACUUUAAGCCAAAUUAUGAGCCUUCGUCGUCCGUAGUUCCACAGAGUACUCUAGAGGAACCGGCGGCGAAGGUUGCCACGAAGUUAGCUAUAGUUCAAGAUUUGGCAGAGCAAAGUUCGACACACAAGACUUCGCCGCAACCUAAAACAUCGAUAUCGCUUGGAGCUAUUGAUUCACCAGAAAAUCCCUUUGGGCCUCUAGCAGUUGCAAGAGAAAAAGCAGCUAAAAUACAAAAAUCACCUCCACUUUCGCCAGAAACGCGUAAAUUAAAUGAUACAAUAGUGUAUAUUCGACCGCUGACCAAUUCUGCAAAAUUAUUGUGGGACUCACAAGAACCAUUAUCAGAACAAGUUAAUGAAUUAGAAAUCACUGAUUCUGAUGACUCUUUGUCACAAGAAGACUCAGAAUGGCGUGAAACUUUUAUUGAUACAAUUAUAGAAAUUGAGUCAAAAAAUGGAUUGAUCGAAAGCGAUUAUCCCAGGAAUCCUUUUCUUGUUCCAAAGAAUUCAAUUAAAAAAGACGAGAUUUCAUGCGAUUCUUCGCCGCGCGAACUAGACCCAUCAACUAUAAGAGAUUCUCCGAAUAAUCCAUUCCUUUCACCGCCUGUUGCAAUGAAAGAAGGGUCGGACAAUAAAGUUAAUGAAAAUCAAUUUGCGCAAGUGUUUCGUGGUGUACGUUAUCCGGUUCCGUCAAAUUUUUAUGAUUAUGAAGAUGAAGAUGACACACUUUGUUCAUUGGGAGCGUCCAUUAAACCGCGAAGUAUAGUUCCACUAUUACAAGUUGAGGCUGAAAGAUCAGAGUCUGCCAUUGGCUCUAUUGACUCCGACUCUGAUGAAGAAAUACAUUAUGUAAUUAGAAAACAUACAUCAACACCAAACGUGACGGAUGUUAAUAAUAACGAAAUCGAGGAAGAGUCGGAUAGUGGUAGUAGUUUAGAAUCUGAUUCACAGAGCACAAGAAUUACAGAUUAUGCUAAAAGAGCUAAACGAUAUCAAUAUCAUCCGUAUGCUAAAUCAGCGGUUACUAAUCCUCGGAAAAUGAAUAACGGGAUGGAAAAUUAG